AUGGCGGCUGCAUUAGAGAUCCUGCAGAACAUGAAGCAGAUGCUUGAGAAUCGUGGGCCAGACUUCAAACUCGCAGAUCUAUUCAAGCCCUUCCCCAAAAUGUAUGUGAACAAGUUCUGCGGCCAAAGCGUGGCGCAGAAGGUUGAAGCAAUCCGUGAAGCCUGUCAGAAGUUUCCUUCUGAGCUGAAAGUCCACGAAGAUUCUGGUCUCAUGUGGGAUAGCCCGCUUUUGAGUGUGCGAACAAAUCUGCAGGCUGAGAUCGAGGCUGGCCAGUCAGGAAUCGCUACUGAUCAGAUCAUAGAGCUGCAAGAAGGCGUCGACAGAUACAUGCUGAAAGAGCGCUGCCUGCCAACAAUCUUGCAGUGGCAGACAUUCACAUCGUUUCCAGAGGGAAAGGUUUCUGCUAGAGCUCGCUUCUACGCAAUGCAUGCCGUGCUCAGAGAGUUCCUCUUCGAAGUCGUCGUGGGACUCGGUGGGACCAAGAAGCUCGCGGUUGCGUCCGCAGGGGACUCUUCACGACCAAAGACUUCCGAUCAAGAUACUGGCGAGAGCGUGGCCAUCAUCGAGACAAAUGAGGCGCAUGGCGUGUACAAGGACGAGCCAAAGGAGGCCUGGGUGCUCCUGACCAGCCUCAAGGUGGUCCUCGGUUUGCGCGUGACCGCGCGCAGCCUCACGCCUGGCAACAUGGACCUGGACAUCAAGGUGGCGGGGCCCUACGGCUUCUACGACCCGCUGCCCGCCGCCAAGAGCUCCCUCUCCUGCGAUGCCGAGGCGGCGCUGACUCUGCUGGCCAACUACGUCACUCCGGAGAUGGUGGAUGCGCCGCUGCAGAACUGGAAAGCGCCCUACGAGAAGUCGAAACCGCUAAAGUCGGAAGAUUCUGGGGCAAGCCCGUUCAAGCGCAGCAAGCAGGGCCCCUGA